AUGAUUGUAGGGGAAGUCUUUCUUGCUGCUUUCCUUCAUGCGCUGUUUGAGAAGUUGUUUGAUUUGGUGAGCUUUGCACGGAGGGAGAAGAUUGAUGCUCACCUGACAAAAUGGGACACAAUGUUGAAACAAAUCGACGCCGUGCUUGCAGAUGCUGAAGCGAAACAAAUGAGCACGGAUCAAAGGGCUAUCAAACUGUGGCUGGAGGAUCUCGAAGACUUCGCUUAUGAUCUGGAUGACGUACUAGACGAGUUCUCCACUGAAGCUUUGCGGCAACAGGUGUUGAAGAAGGAGUCUCCAGCUAGCACCAGCAAGGUACGUGCCCUCAUACCUACUUGUUGUACGCGUUUCAAUCCAACCACCCUAGCUUUUGCUUCUAGAAUGAGGAGCAAGAUGGAUGAAAUCACUGAGAGGUUGAAAGAUCUCUUUGACCGAAGAACGGGGCUUGGCUUGCAAUAUGGUAAUGCAGGGCACAAACCUCCACAAAGACCACGCACUUCAUCUUUCAUACACGAACCUCGUUUGUAUGGUAGGGAUGGGGAUCAAAAGGUGAUAAUAGAGUUGCUUCUAAGCGAUCAAUCAAAUAAUGGAAAAUUUGAUGUUGUUCCGAUAGUGGGUAUGGGCGGGGUUGGGAAGACCACGCUCGCUCAAAUGGUCUACAACAACGAAAUGGUUAAGAAACAUUUUGAGAAUAAAGCGUGGGUAUGUGUCUCUGAAGGGUACUCUGACAUUAUGGGACUGACAAAAGCGAUUCUUGAGUCUAUUACAUCUCACACUUGUGAUCUUAAAACCUUAGAUCAAGUUCAAGAUCAAUUGAAAAGCGCUUUGGCUGGGAAGAAGUUCUUGAUUGUUCUAGAUGAUGUUUGGGACAAGAACCAUGGUGAUUGGAGCAAGUUACAGAGUCCUUUCAAUAAUGGAGCCUUAGGAAGUAAAGUCAUAGUAACGACACGUCUGAGGGAUGUUGCAUUGACAAUGACCGGAACCGAUAAAUAUCAUCUCCUGAAGGAACUAUCAGAGGAUGAUUGUUGGUCGGUGUUUGCACAACUUGCAUUUCAAAAUAGUGGUAUAGAUGCAAGUCCAAAUUUAGUUUCACUUGGUCGAAAAAUUGUGAAAAAAUGUCGAGGCUUGCCUUUGGCUGCUAGGACACUCGGUGGCCUUCUACGGUGUAAGUUGAGCGAUGAUGAAUGGGAAGAAGUAUUGAAUAGUAAGAUGUGGGAGUUAUCGGAUGAGGAAAGUGACGUUCUACCAGUUUUGAGAUUAAGCUACUACCACCUCCCUUCACAUUUGAAGAAGUGUUUUGGAUAUUGUUCUAUUCUGCCUAAGGAUUACGAAUUUGAGGAGAAGGAACUAGUUUUCUGGUGGAUGGCAGAAGGCUUAAUUCAAAAGCCAAAAGGACAAAAACAAAUGGAAGAUCUUGGACGUGAGUACUUUCGUGAAUUGCUAUCGAGGUCAUUUUUUCAACCGUCAAGUGGUGGUGGUCAUGAAGUCUCACUAUUUGUUAUGCAUGACCUCAUCAAUGAUUUAGCUCAGUUUGUAGCUCAGUUUGUUGCUGGCAGAAUUUGUUUAAGGCUGGGGGAGAACCUCGAAAACAAUGAGGAUGAUAAAAAUAUCACCAAGGCUCGUCAUUCAUCCUACAUACGUGGUUAUCAUGAUGGCAUAAAAAGGUUUGACGCCUUUCGAAAAGCCAAAAAUGUGCGGUCCUUUUUACCAUUUGGAUUGAGAGAUCGAGAUACCAGCAACUACUGGACACCCAUUUUAACAAGCGAUGUUCCCCUCCAUUUGUUGCCGAGUCUUAGCCGUUUACGAGUGCUUAGUUUGAGAAGAUAUGGAAUCUGGGAACUUCCGGGUUCAAUUGGAGAUUUGAAACAUGUGAGGUUCCUUGACCUUUCAUGUGCCUUGAUUGCCACAUUACCGGAAUCAAUAAGCACUCUUUACAACCUACAAAUAAUAAUAUUGAGAAACUGUAAAAACCUCAACAAGUUACCUGCAAACACGAGUAACCUUAUUAACUUGCGGCAUCUCGAUCUUACUGGUGCAAAUUCUUUACAAGAAAUGCCACCAAAAAGAGGUGAAUUGACGUGUCUCCAGACAUUAUCAAACUUUAUUAUCAGCCAAGAUGAGGGGUCUACCAUAAACGAGUUGAAAAACUUGAUUCAUCUUAGAGGGACUCUUUGCAUAUCAGGCUUGGAGAAUGUGGCGGAUGCUCUGGAUGCCAACAGAGCCAACUUAAAGGAUAAACAAGGCUUAGAUGUCCUGCUGAUGAAGUGGAGAAAUAUCUUAGAUAAUUCUCGCAAUGGGAGUGUUGAAUCAAAAGUGCUUGACAUGCUAAGACCUCACAAUAAGCUAAAAGAGCUUACCAUUAUUGGUUACCAUGGUCUAACAUUUUCGACUUGGGUGGGAAAUUCUUGGUUCUGUAAUAUGGUAUCCUUGAAGUUCCAAAACUGUGAAAAUUGCAUUUCCUUACCUCCUUUAGGUCAAUUACCGUCACUUGAAAAUCUUCACAUUCAAGGGAUGAAAGCAAUAGAGAAUAUUGGUCUUGAGUUCUAUGGGUUGGGCCAUUCAAAUCCUUUCCCAGCUCUACAAAUUUUAACCUUAGAGAACAUGCCCAAAUGGAAAGAUUGGUCUCAUUUUGGAGUCGAGGAGAGAGCUCAAGUAUUUAUUCGCUUGUCAGAGCUCUCCAUUAAAAGGUGUCCCAAGCUUUUGGGUAAAUUGCCCGAAAAUCUUCCUCGCUUAAAAAAGCUGGAGAUUAAAGAGUGCCCACUGUUGGUUUUUGCAUGGGCUCCAAGUCCUACAAAGCUGAAUCAAGUGAGGAACACGAUUCAAUUUGAGGCACUCAUCACUCUAUCUCUCACACAUGUUUCGAUUCCGGACCCUUGUAAUCCAGAAAUGGGUAAUGAAGCAAUGUUGGAAAAUGCAAGGUGUAGCCAUUUGAGCUCGCUGAUUUCCCUUACAGUUGAAAAUAUGCAGGGUCUUAGAUGCCUACCUGGUUGGUUUCUUCAAGGGCUGACGGGACUCCAAGAACUCUCUAUCCAUGGUUGUCAAGAACUCACCUCACUGUGGAAGAAUGAGGUGAGACAGAGAUACCAACUCCCUGCCCUCCGACAUUUAAAUAUUGAAAAUUGCCCUCAACUUAUUUCCUUUUGUAAAGAAGAUGAAAACAAAGACAAUGAGGAAGGGCUACAGCAGCAUGAGGAGCUGCCUUACUUAAUGAUGCUGGAGCGUUUGGAAAUAACAUCUUGUGAAAAGCUGGAGAGACCACCACGGGGGCUGCACAACCUAACAACACUUCGCAUUUGGUAUUGUGAUACUCUGCGGUCCCUACCAGAGUUGACGAUGUUGAAUAGUCUUGAGAGAUUGGAAGUAAGUGGGUGUCCAUCGCUCACGUACUUAAGUUGUUCCAAAACUGGGCUACCGCCCACUCUCAAAUCACUGUUGCUUGAUAAUUGUGGAAAUCUGAAGUCAAUACUGGCAAAGGAAGGGAUGCAAAUCAAUUGUCCAUCUCUUGAAUUUGUGUCAAUCAAGAGCUGUAAAAGCCUCAAAUCCUUGCCGGAUCUGAUGCAAAAUAAUUAUAACGGUGGAUGUCUCAGAGAAUUGGAGAUAAAUGAUUGUGAUAAUUUGGAAUGCAUUCCGGAAGGAUGGUUCACCGCAACCAAUCUAAGGGAAUUGCGGAUCUGUGGAUGCAAAAAACUCAAGGGCCCGCCAUACCAUGUCUAUAACAACCUCACUUCUCUUCGAGUGCUGUCUGUAGAUAAUUGCGCUUCAGCUACAGGACUCGUGUCCUGCAUUCUGAACAAUGCACAAUUCGCCAACCUCACUGUGCUUAAAAUCAUCAAUGUCGACAUGGGUAAUAAGCCCCGAUCAGAGUGGGGUUUGCAUAGAUUGUCCUCCCUCACAGCUCUUCAACUCGGAAGUUACGGCGGGGCAUCAUUUCCACCAGAAGAAAAAGAUGGGAUGAUGCAGUGGUUGCCCCCUUCCCUGAACGCCAUGCGUAUCCAGGAGUUCCCAAAUCUGGAGAAGCUCUAUUUCAAGGACUUUCAAAACCUCCCCUCUCUUGGAAUAUGUGGGGCUCCGUUUUGGAUGGUUCGUACUUUCUGA